CCUGCCUAAUAGGAAGCCUGGUCUCUAAUGGCAUGCAAAACCUGCAGAUAGGCAAGUAGGUCCCCCACACAAGAAGGAGUGGAUAAGCAAGGCUUGAGAAUUGUUUUUUUAAAAGUGCUUGGCGGUCCUGCCUUGUCUUAGAGAAACGAAAUAACUGAGCUGCAAAUUGUGGGAGCUCUGUUGCUUAUCAGUGGUUGAUUCCACUCUCAGGGUCUGCCUCAAAGUGAAGCCUCAGCAACCUGUCUCACUAGCACUCAGCAUCAUUCUGCUCCACCCACACGGAGCUGCUCCUUCCCAAGAAAUGGGUGUCACCACCUAUAUAAGACCCUUUCCUUGAAGCUGCACACCAGAUGCAGGCUUGGGCUGGUGUCUGUGUGUGUGCAUGUGGCUCUAUCAGCGAUGCUCUUGGCCAGGAGUCUCAUUUUCUUCUCCGCAGGAGGCAUGCAAAGUGAUCGGGACAAUGUUCCCUGUUAUGUCUCCACAGCAAUACGCACCCAGUUGCUAUUGUAUCAGACCCAGCGCUUCCAGUUUGCCAAUACUGGGGACAAGGCUGAGAUCUUGUGCACGUCUACGGAAGACAUUGAAGGUUUUGACUAUUUAUUCAGUUGGCACAAAAGGAGAUCUGAUGAAACACCACGUCUACUCGCAUCUUGCAAUAAACAGAUUUCAAGUAGAUUUCGCUGCAACAUGAAAGGAAACAACCUCAUACUGGAAAUUUUCAACACUCAAGCGGCUGAUUCCGGCCUCUAUUUCUGUGCUGAUAUGAGGUCUGACAGGUGGACUUUCAGCAAUGGAACUUCACUGGUUGUUGGAGACAGUUACACCCCGAACACCUGGGUGAUGCUUUUGCUCCCAUCUGCUCAUUCAGCAUCCCAGGCAAUACAGACCAGGCGUCUCGCUUGCGUGGUCCAUGGAGUGUCCAACUUGGUCCAGGUGUCCUGGAAUGUCUCCGGAGAGCUCCAGCAAGGGGGACAGACACUUUUGGCGAAAAACAGCAGCGGCUCCUUAACCUUCAUCAGUCUCUUUCACAUCCCACCAGUCUCACAGAAGAGCGGGAAGCUCUACACCUGUGAAGUCAGAUUCAACUCUUCUAGCAGGAGCGUGAAGAAGAGUGCCACAUCCCCUGAGGAUUCCUCCACAAUCCCUGACGAUGCCGAUAAGUGCCUGACCUACCGUGUUCUUGUGGCUGUCGGGGGCGUGCUGGCCUCCUUGUUUCUUCUACUGAACUUCCUUUGGAUUCGGCUCUGCCCUUCCAGGCUGGCUCUACAAGGAUCCCAGGCCAAGAACUCUGAAGAACCUCCUUCUUCAGAGAUAUCACAGCAGGAAGACAUUUGCUACACCCAUCUAGAUUUUGCAUCAACGAGUCAGGACGGGAACAAGAGAAGACAAGCAUCACAAGGGAAAAAUCUAAAGCAGGAAGACAUUUGCUAUGCCCAUCUAGAUUUUGCAUCAGCGAGUCAGGAUGGGAACAAGAGAAAACAAGCAUCACAAGGGAAAAAUCUAAAGAAGAAAAACACAGAGGCAUGCAAUGUGAACCUGCACCAGAAGAAAACCCGAGAGCAGAGGGGAGGGGCUGCUUCCCACAUGCCACGAGUGUAAUUCAAAGUGGCUUUGCUCAACAUUUAUCCCGAGAGCUGGAAGCUAUGUAUGGGAAAGCUCCAUGUCUACACCACUCUGGGCUACAAAUGUAAGUGGGAUACAAAUGAAAACAGACAGACAGCAGCCUGGCCCCAGGCUCAUCAGGGACUCGCUCACUUCAGCCAAGAUGCUCCAGGUCUCCCAGGCUCUUUCGGUAAGAUGGGACUCAGCUGUGACCAACCUCACAUGGCUUUUGUGAGAAAGAAUUAGGAUUGCUUUGGAUGCUGAAUGACCAAAAUAAAUGAAUGAA